UGUCAGUAGGCAUGAUAGCCAAUAGGAGCAAGGAGUGGGGGUCCGGACUAGAAAGAAACGGCGGACGGGAGGGGGCUACUGGGACCAUGGGGCUUUUGACUAUUCUGAAGAAGAUGAAGCAAAAAGAACGGGAGCUGCGACUACUUAUGCUUGGUCUGGACAAUGCUGGCAAAACCACCAUCCUUAAGAAGUUCAAUGGGGAAGACAUCGACACCAUUUCCCCAACACUGGGCUUCAACAUCAAGACCCUAGAACACCGCGGAUUCAAGCUGAACAUCUGGGAUGUGGGCGGCCAGAAAUCCCUACGGUCCUACUGGCGGAACUACUUUGAGAGCACCGAUGGCCUCAUCUGGGUGGUGGACAGCGCUGACCGCCAGCGCAUGCAGGACUGUCUGCGUGAGCUCCAGAGCCUGCUGGUGGAAGAGCGCCUGGCUGGAGCUACCCUCCUCAUCUUUGCCAAUAAGCAGGACCUGCCUGGGGCGUUGUCAUCUAAUGCCAUUCGUGAGGCCCUGGAGCUGGACUCCAUCCGCAGCCACCAUUGGUGCAUCCAGAGCUGCAGCGCGGUCACUGGGGAGAACCUGCUGCCAGGCAUCGACUGGCUACUGGACGACAUUUCCAGCCGCAUCUUCACAACCGACUGA